CAAAUAUCUGUCAUCAUAUUGUCAGGCAGGCAAUCUUCUCUGUGCUAAAAACUUUAUUUUGUUUGUCAUUCGUAGAAAUGGCCGAGUUAUUGUUUGUUCCUUUAAAAAAGUCUUCGGACGUAGAUAUAGUAAAGCCUCUGAAAAACCUUAUACAAUCGACUUACAACACCGGCGAGAGCCAUGAGGAUUACUCGGAGGCUCUGACAGAGUUGAGUCGCUUGAGAACCAACGCUAUUUGGAAGGUGUUUGAGAAGUCUUCGCUGGAGAUCCUGUACAGCUACUAUGACCAGCUGGCGUCGCUGGAAAGCAAGCUGCCGCCACAAGAAGUACAGAUUCCAUUCAAAUGGAAGGAUGCAUUUGACAAGGGCUCCAUUUUUGGUGGUCGGAUGAGUCUGACGGUGUCGUCGCUGGCGUACGAGCGCAUGUGCAUCCUGUUCAACAUCGCGGCGCAGCAGAGCGCACUGGCGGCGCAGCAGCCGCUCGACACCGAGGACUCAUUAAAACUGGCUGCCAAGCAUCUCCAGCAAGCUGCAGGCAUCUUCAACUACCUCAAGGCGAACAUCCUGCUGGCGGUGCACCAGGAGACCACGCCGGACCUCAGCCCCGACACGCUGGGCGCGCUGGCCGCGCUCAUGCUUGCGCAGGCGCAGGAGGUCAUAGCUUACAAGUGCAUCAGAGACGAGAUGAAGGACAGCAUGGUUGCCAAGGUGUGCGCUCAGGCGGAGGAGCUGUACACUGAGGCGCUGCGGGCCAUGCAGCGCGAGCAGCUGCGGGGGCUGUGGGAGCGGGGGUGGCUGCCCGCGGUCGCCGCCAAGCAGGCGCUCAUGCGGGGGCUCGCUCACUACCACCAGGCGGCCGUAUGCCGUCAGAACAAGGCGGUGGGCGAGGAGAUCGCGCGCCUGCAGCUGGCGGCGGAGGCGCUGAAGGCGGGCGGCGCGGGGGGCGCGGGCGCGGGCGCGGCGGCGGACGCGGCGGCGCGCGCGGCGCGGCAGCUGGCGGCCGCGCGCCGCGACAACGACUUCAUCUACCACGAGCGCGUGCCCGACGCGGCGGCGCUGGAGCCCGUGCAGCGCGCCGCCGUGGCCAAGCCGCUGCCGCCGCCCGAGCGCUGGGCCGCGGGGAAGGACCUGUUUGCGGGAUUGGUGCCGGCCGUGGUUCAUCAGGCGCUACAAACAUCAGCGGGCCGGCGCUCGGAGCUGGUGAACGCGGAGAUCGCGAAGCUGCGCGACGCGACGCAGCUGCUGAACAGCAUCCUGGCGUCGCUGUCGCUGCCGGCCUGCGUGGAGCAGAGCCACGGCCUGCCCGCCUCCAUCCGCGACAAGGCCGCCGCCGUCAGGGACAAGGGCGGCCUGCCCGCGCUGCAGAGACUCAUGCAGGAGCUGCCCGAGCUGCUGCAGCGCAACAAGGAGCUGCUGGAGGAGACGGAGCGGCUGCUGCGCGAGGAGGCGGACGCGGACGCGGCCUUGCGGCUGCAGUUCGGCGCUCGCUGGGCGCGCACGCCGUCCGCGCAGCUCACGGCCGCCUUCCGCGCCAACGCCGACAAGUACCGCCAGAUCAUCGACAACGCCGUGCGCGCCGACAACAUCGUGCAGCAGAAGUUUGCGCAGCACAAGGAGAACAUCCUGCUGCUGAGCGGCAGCGAGGGCGAGCUGUCGGCGGGCGUGCCGGCGGCGCCGCAGAACGCCACGGGCGAGUGCGGCGCGGCCUCGAGGCUGCGCGAGCUCAUGCGCGGCGUGGAGCGCCUCAAGGCGGAGCGCGACGCGCUGGAGGCCGCGCUCAAGGACGUGACGCUGGACCUCAAGGCCGCCUUCCUGGCCGCGCUGGCCGCCGACGGCGCGCUGGACGAGCCCGCGCUGUCGGCCGCCGCGCUGGGCGCCGCGCUGCAGCCGCUGCAGAGACAGGUGGCGGCCAGCCUGGCGGCGCAGGAGGCGCUGCUGGCCGAGCUGCAGGCGGCGCACGCCGAGCUCAUGGCCAGCCGCGGCGGCGCCAGCGGCCGCGACGACGUGCUGGGCAAGCUGGCGGCCGCCAGCGACGCCUACCAGGACCUCACCAGCAACCUGCAGGAGGGCAGCAAGUUCUACAACGACCUCACGCAGCUGCUGCUAGCGUUCCAAAACAAGGUGUCGGAUUUCUGCUUCGCGCGCAAGACGGAGAAGGAGGAGCUGCUGAAGGACCUGACGCAGGAGGCGUCCCGCCCCGCGCCCGCCGCGCCGCAGCCCGCCGACGAGCCGGUUGUGCAGCGGCGCUCUCCCCCGCCGCGGCCGGCGCCCCCCGCCGCGCCCCCCGCUAGCUCCGCCCCCGCCGCGGGCCCCAGCGCUAGCUCCACCCCCGCCGCAGCUUUACCUUACCCGCAGCAACCACAAGGCAUGCCGCUGCCGUACGGCGCGGCGGGGCUGCCGUACUACGCGCCGCCCAUGCCGGCGCUGUACAACCCGUACGCCACGCUGCCCUACCCGCACCACGCGCGCCUGCCGCCCGCGCAGCCCUACCAGGCCUACCAGUACCCGCCGCAGCCCGGGCAGUACCCGCCGCCGCAGCCCGGCUACAACCCCUACCCGCAGCAGUAGCUGAACACCGAUGGGGCGCCUCAAGUUACUUCUGUUGGGUGCUACAUGUAAACCGAACACUGCUAUCAAUGUUUGUAACCUUUGUCAACGGACUUCGAAUUAUAGCGUCCAGUAUAAAACAUAUACACGAUGGGUUUUAAACAUCAGUCAAAGUUUCAGAAUAACCUGGGCCAUAGAAAUUUCAGUUUCACUUUUGUUUACAAACUUCUGUUAGCGACACAUAUAUGAAAUGGAUAUACAGGUUGGCUAUUAAAAACCACUCAAAAAUUAAGAGUAACUUUUUAAAUGCUAUUCAAAAAUUUUAUUCAUUAUUGAAAAUGAGAUUUUUUUUAACAUAUCGGGUAGCGUAAUAUAAUUUCCAAUCUCGCUUUAGAAUACUUUCAAAUGUUGAUCACAUUAAUAGGCUAUUUGACAAAGUUCUAAAACUAUCUCAGGGUAUUUAUUUGUUUAUAAGGAGCCCUACAAAAAUACUUUUCUGCCUUUAUUACAGCUAUUUUAUUAAAAAAUCGAAAAAGAAAAUGAAAUAUUCAAAUAUGCCGCCAAAACGCGACUUUUAGCAAUAUGGCGGCCAUGGCAUGCUGUGACGUAAAUUUCGUGUAAAUAUCAUACAAAGCUUGUUGGUGUUUCGAAAAGUUUUGAUUUUCUCUUGUUUUAUUUAACUUGUGCCACGUCAUACGAGUAUGUGUGAAAAUUAUUAAAAUGAGUUCCUAUAAAUGUUGUGCAGUGCCUCAAUGCACUAAUACAACAAUAAAAACUCCUACGAAAGUGUUUUUUUCUAUGCCGAUGGAUUUGAAUAUUCGCAAGAAGUGGUUUCAGAUCAUGAUCUAAGAUCAGUGGUUACCAAGAUAUACUUACAUUGAUGUUUUCACAUUCCUCAGUUCGGCAGCAUAGAAAUCUGGAUUGUCUUUGAAGAAGACAAUCCAGAUUUCUUCUUCCAACCAUUAUUGCGUCCACUUUUGGUAGGUUUUGACUCAGCUUUCGCGGAAUUGGUUUCCAUUAUUAAAUACCUAUGUUAUCUGAGUAAUCCUGAGCGAUCAAACACUUAUAAAAUCUUGAAAAAUAAUAGCGAACACUAAGGAACGGUACGAUCGACAGUCUGUUUAUGGAUAAUUGACGUCAUAAGAGAAAUAGCCAAUCACUUUCGUUUUUAGUCACGUGACAGCUGCAUAUAAAAACCUAAUUUUCUGAGACAUAUUUUGUUUAAAUAAUGCAAUAUUUUUAUCUCGCGUUAUUACAAAUCGCUCCAAAAAAUUAAUAUUAAGACUGAUGACAUAAAAGAAAUGUAUAUUUUUAAUACAGUCAAAUAGCCUAUUAUUAAGUUGAUUUUGUUAUUAAACUUUAUAUUUUUUAUCACAUAAGAAGCUGGUCACAUCUUAUUGUUUGGAUAAUUGUCCAGAUUAUUCUUGAAACUAGUAUAAAAACCAUCCCUACAUUUAUAAGAAAUAGUUAACACGCAAAGUUGAAGGAGAGAGUUAGCAAUGUUAUCCAAUAAACACUUAGUGCAGUAGGCACAGUUCAGAGAGGUUCUCUGCUUUUUACGUUUACAUUUUAAGCUCUGUCGAGAUGAAAACCAACAAUUUUUUUGGAUACCAAGUUAAAGCGAGACUUCGAUUAUACAAAUUUACAAAAAGAAGAAGUAAUACCGAGUAUAAUAAAAUGAAAUGCGUAAUAAAAAUAACUUUGUAAUGUUGUUAUAGCAACAUAAAAUAUAUUUUAGGUUAAGAAAAGUGCAUAAUCUGUUAAUGUUUGGAUUAUAAUGAAUGUUGAUGCGUUUGUAAUAUAAGGCUCAAAGGUACUAACUAACCAAGAUUAUUAUACAAUAAAUCGUUGUCACGUUGUACAACGCGGCGCGACGCCGACUCUACCAAAGCGGCGCGCGCGGGGGAGGGAGCAGGACUGUGAUCGUUUGCCUUCGGAGCGAUGGUGGCAUAAAAAUAUGUUAUGAGAUGCAUUUUAUAUUUCUCACGUCAGCAUAAUAGUCAAUUUUAUUAUAUUUUUAUUUGACUAUUUUUUAGUUUCUUAUGAAAUCUACUAAUCUAGAAUAAAUUAUGUUUUUUAUGA